GUUCGUGAUUACACAAAUGCCUGCAAAGUUGCGCUGAGCCCGUUUUUAAGUCAUUUACGUUUGGCAUUGUGUGUGCACCAGGAUUUGUUGUAUUGAAAAAUGAGGAGGAGAAAAGAGAGAGAAAAAGUUGCCCAACCCGCCGAUUCGAUCGUCAGGACGUCCCCUCUUUCCCGUCGAGAGCUGAUCGGCUCAGACUCAUCCGGAUUUCCUUCCCCCUGACACGACCACAUCUCUCUCGAGCUUGAGAGUAACUCGAGGACUGCUCAGUCGAGGACGGUCAACGCUUGUGCUCGGGAUGGAUUUUCGCUCCACUUUGUCCGACUUAGAGGAGCCGGGCAACUCUUCAAGACACGAGAGAGAUCGCUUUGACACCUGUCCAUGUCCGACUACGGCCGAGUUCAGCAGGGCCGUGUCCGUGUCCCUGGGUUUGGACGCCUUGUCGUCACCUAACGGCAACGUGGGUGGCACAUUUGCUGACUGCGAGUCGGCUGUGGGUCAGAGUUUCCGUCCAGUGGGGGAGUUCGGCGCGGCUCUGAGCGUGCACUCACGACGCAACGCCGACCCGAGAAAGGGCGAAUUCGGAGACGUGUGCCACGGAAUCCAGCAGGUGAGCUGCAUGGACCUUCUGAGGUCAGGCGAAGCGGACGGCGUGCAGACUGUGUCGCGCGAUUCGGUGAUAUCCACGUUCUUGAGCAAGGAUUCUAACUUGUUUGCACACUCUGCCACGGAACCGCCCUCCCAAAUGGACCAUCUCUUCGCAUCCAAACUUUACUCCGCCUACGCCGAGAACCCGAACUUCUACCGAGACACCCCGGGAGCCUUGCGCGCAAAUGAACGCGCUUACGGCGGCCGAGUUGAGAAGAGUCGUGAGUGUAAAUAUUGUAACUGUGGACAAGCAAGUGCCCGAUCCAUGCAAGCGUGUGCCUGUGUCUGGCACAAGGGUGAGCACAGUAAAAGUGGCAUGCGAGCCGCAGCCACGACGGCACGAGGCUACGGCCAAAUGGAAAGUUACCAAAGUGAACCUUUUCACGGGCAGCCCACUUAUCCGUCAAUCAAGACUGAGCAGCCAGCGUGGAUGGAGUGCACAGAGAGCGGCGGCUUCAGGCCUGAAGACCUGUUCCCAGCUGUGUUCCUGUCAGAUCGCCGGGUGUGUCAGGUCUGUGGGGAUGAUGCCUCAGGUUGUCACUAUGGAGCAGUCACCUGUGGCAGCUGCAAAGUAUUCUUCAAGAGGGCCGCCGCUGGUAAACAGAACCAUCUGUGUGCUAGCCGAAACGACUGCACUAUUGACAAGCUGAGGCGGAAGAACUGCGCCUCGUGUCGCUUAAAGCGGUGCUACAUGUCAGGAAUGAGCCUAAAAGGUCGCCGGCUGAAGGGAGUCGGCCAGACGAGGAGCGGGGAAGAGGAGCAAGCAGCCUGGGGACACGGAGAAGGAGGAGACAGGCCGGGGAUAAGACAUGCCGUUUCCGGGGCUCGAGGCUCCCAGGGUGCGGUUGUAAGCAUCCCUCCAACUGUACGCUCCCGCCUAUUCCUGCUCAACGUGCUUCAGGACAUUGAGCCUGGUGUCGUCAAUGCCGGGCACGACCCUGCCCUUCCGGACAGUGCCGCCUCCCUGCUUACCAGUCUCAAUGAGCUCGGGGAGAGACAACUUGUCACAGUUGUCCGCUGGGCCAAGGCAAUUCCAGGCUUCUGCAACUUGCAUGUGAAUGACCAGAUGACUGUCAUUCAGUUGUCCUGGAUGGGGGUGAUGGUGUUUGCUCUGGGUUGGAGGUCAUACACCCACACAAACAGCUCCUUGCUCUACUUUGCUCCAGACCUUGUUUUCAAUGACCAGCGGAUGCAUAUAUCCAGUAUGUAUGAGCACUGUGUCCGAAUGAAGAUUCUGUCCCAACGGUUAUGCAUGCUGAAGGUCACCAAAGAGGAGUUCUUGUGCAUGAAAGCACUGGUCCUCUUCAGCAUCGUGCCAGUGGAGGGCCUUAAGAACCAGCAUUGCUUUGAUGAUCUGCGGACUUCCUACAUCAAGGAACUGGACCGCUUGGCCAGCCACCGUGGCGAGACUGCCCGGACACAGAGGCUGUUUCAGCUCACACAGCUACUGGACUACCUCCAGUCGAUUGUGAAGAAGUUGCAUCAAUUCACUUAUGAGCUUUUCAUUGAAACUCAGUCCCUGCAGACCAGCGUCAACUACCCGGAGAUGAUCUCAGAGAUUGUAAGCGUCCAUGUGCCCAGGAUCCUUUCAGGCAUGGUCACGCCCAUCUUAUUCCACAAGUCGUCCAGAGAGCAGAAUCUUUGAUUGUGCUAUAUGUCACUUGAGAUCUGACACACCCUCCUUUAAACGGUUGUGGUAAAAAUAUCAAGAAUGAUGGGGCCAGUGGAUGAUGGAUUGGCACAGAGGUACCGCAUCUGGAUAAAAUCUAAGUGAGCUCCUUUUUUCUGCCUAAUGUAUUCUAAUUGUAUCAACUCUGUUCUUCUUUGUGCCUUCUUUGCGUGUUGUGUCAAGUGGAUCAAAUGUUACUUUGGCCUACUAUGGCAACACAAACCUUCAGCUUGAAAGCUAAAUUGGUAGUGGGGAGAUAUUGUUUGCAGAGUCAACUCAUCUGUGGUUUAUGCACUAGCAUCUCCCCCCUAGCUUUUUUUCUACAGUGUGCACCUUAUCUAACUAAAGUUCA